UAGACAUAUAAGGGGCCUAUUUCCCCGACAGAUCGAAAAACAACGGCUCAUAGUCCCCAGGCUUGUUUUACUAUUAUUUCUUAGCUGGCGAUCACUCGGCCAAACUCAUAGACGCCGCGGCUAUACAUCAUCACACCACAAUAGGCCGAGAAGACAUGACGGCAUAAAUGAAUAUCCCCAGCGAUGGAGAGAUCAUCGGAAUCGACGCCGAGGAAACUAUCCAAGUUGGCAUGCACCAGAUGUCGUUUGCGCAAAGUUAAAUGUGAUUAUAGACAACUGGACACGGACACAAACUCAAUCACUGCUGCGAUACCAACAGGGACAUGUUCCAACUGUUUAGCUGCUGGCAUUGAGUGCGCAGGGAGCUCUCAGCCCAGACGGCGGGGCCCGAAACCGAGAAGCCGAGCGAGGGAAAACCCGUACUACAACGCUGAUGCUGCGCCAAACAGUCCCACAACGCCAGGGCUCGACGAUCACGAUUAUGGUGAAUCUCAAGCUAUAGAAGAAGAUAACGACAACAGGCACACUUUGCCUGCUACUCACCUCUCACCCAUCGCACAGGGCCCUGCCUCCUCACCCCACAGUUGGGUUGAUGGCACUGUCUCCUCAUCGCGAACCGCUGUCCUGGGAGCCCACGUGCAGAGUCCACUCUCCCAAGUUGCGCUCCCGGCUUCAUUGCCACCCCUAUAUGACGUCUACCAAGACCUCGUGAUCACCCUCUCACGCGUCCUGCCAUCGUACUCCUUCGAGACCAUUGCGAAGAAGUGUGUCGAUCUCUUCUUCGAGUACCUCUUCUCCCUUAUCCCUAUUGUCGACGAGCGCAACCUGCGCAACGACCUCCAUAUCGUGUGUGCCACGUAUGGUGCUGUGGAUGUUUCCAGUCCAGUAUCUUCCUGGUCUACCGCCGGCGCCUAUGAGAGCAACCAUGUUUCUACAGCUACCUUCCGCGACUUCACUACUCUCGCCAUAAAAUUGGCAUUAGUGACCGCCACCUGCGCUGAAGCUGCCUUUAUGAUCCCUUCGCAAUUAUUCCCCGAAGGACCCCUAAUAUCCUCGGCCUUCCUUCUCGUGUCGCGCAAGGCGCUGCAUUUUUACCUAGAGAGCGACCUUGACCAUCCUUCUGCGACCUCUCUCGCAACGCGCUAUUUUCACUCGAACUGCCUACACGCUGACGGAAAAUCUCGUGUCUCAUGGCAUAUAUUUGGCGAAGCUGCGCGCCUUGCACAGACAAUGCAGCUGCACUCUGAAGCUUCGUACCAAACUCUCGACCCCACGGAGGCCGAGCUCAGGAGACGAUGUUUCUGGAUCCUGUACAUUGGAGACAAAUCGGCGGCGAUUCUGAACGGGCUGCCUAUUGCACUACACCAUCUGAAUUUUGUGUCCGAGGUCACCGUCGCCUAUCCGACCGAAGUGGACAAUCCAGUAUUCGACCCCCAAGCCGAGGAUUCGGAACCACGCAGCGUGCUAACGGGGUUUAAUUUCAACCUCCGCCUCUGGGCUGCCGCCUCCGCGCUCCUUCUUGAGGUUCGCAUGCGUGUGCAACCACGGAACGGCGCUAUCAUAGGCGUCGAUGACCGCGCCACCAUUAGUCGGCUGUACAUUGAUUUCAUGACCAUUCUGGACGCUCUCCCAGCGUGGCUGUCGCUCGAACCCAGCGCCAGCGAAGAGGCCGGAAGGUGCCCGAAGGAAUUCUGCAUCCAGCGCGUGAACUUGCGAAUCUCUUUCCACUGCCUGCGCAUGGUAGUGCUACAGAAGCUUGAGGUUGCAGGGCUGGGUAUGGAGGCCUCGACAGCGCUUGCGCUCGCGCUGAGGGAGACGGAGAUUGCGCGCGAUAUGGUGCGUGUAGUGCGGCAGGCCCCAUUUUGGGCGUUGCAGGUUAACGGCGAGUCCUGCGUUGAGAAGAUUCGCCUUAUUGGGGCUACUUUGCUGGAGGCGAUGCACAUGCAUAAAGAGUCCCCGCUAGCUACGAGGGCUAGGGCGGAGUUCUUGGUGUUGUUGGAUGUGUUGGCGAGAUUGGACAGUAGAGCGAGCGACGCUUUAAGGGAUGGAUCGUGGUCACAAGAAUAAGCGGCUUGAUUGUAUUAUAUAAUGUAGAGCGUGGCGUUGGGGAUCUAAUGUAUGAGUAUCACGGCUAAGUUGUUUCGGAGUCCUUGUAGUACAUAAAUGAG